UAUAGGUAUGCUGUGCGUGCGUGAUUUUUAAAUUAUUCUGUGGAUAAUAUUAAUAACUACACUUUAAUGAAAAUUUCAACCCGAAGUAGUAAGGCAUCACCAUACAAAAUUGUAGUCCGAUUGUGAUAAAAUGUCCCAUGUAAUAGUUUUUAGUUCGACUAAAGUCAGAGUGUGCUGCGAAGGAGUGUCAUACAAAAAAGUAGCCCGAAAGUUUAGCAUCAAGAAAAACUAAGAGAAAAACAGACUACCACAACAAUCAAAAUGCCGGUAACUCUCUACGGAACAAUUGUGAGCCCACCGACCCGGGCCACAUUGAUGCUGUUAGAAAUACUCGACAUUACCGUUGAUUUCAAAGAAAUAAACUUACCCACAAGAGAACACUACAAACCUGAAUAUUUGGCAAAGAACCCGCUCCACACCGUUCCAAUGAUCGAAGACGACGGCUUUACGGUCGUAGACAGUCACGCCAUCAUGACUUAUUUGGUUACUAAAUACGGCGGCGCCAAUCAUUGUAAUAUGUAUCCCCAAGAAUUGAAGUUGCGAACGCUGGUUGACCAGAAACUAUACUUUGACGCGUCUGUCCUCUUUCCUAGAGUUCGCAAUGUGAUCUAUGACAUUGCUCUUGGAGGUAGCAAUUUAGGAUCUCCGCACCCGACGCAAUUUCAGUUGAAACAAAUAGAAGAGGCUUAUGCAUUUGCUGAUGCUUUUCUUCAGAAGACAAAAUACAUAGCAAGAGACGAACUGACUGUUGCAGAUCUGUCUUGUGUGACGACGAUAUGCUCGCUGGAUACUAUAGUACCGGUCGAUUAUGAGAAGUAUGACAAGUUAUAUGCGUGGUGGGAUGGUUUGAAGAAAGAAUCUUGGUAUCAGAACAAGAACGUUCCAGGAGCGACACUGUUUAGCGAUUUUAUGAACAGUUUGUUGAGACGGCGCUAGCAAUUUUUUCAAGUCCAAAUAAAUAAUAUUAUAAAAUACUACCUA